AUGAGGGCGGAACAACCAAAUCUGAAACUUAACUUGUCGAAAUUGAAUCAAGACAAGGAGGAGAUGAAGGGAGAAAAGACCAGCACUGACAAGGUCCUCGAGGCAGCAAACUGGCAGGCCGGGAGCCUCUCACUCUUUCUCUCCUCAAAACUUUCCAUCCCUGGGAACCCCCUGGUCCUCCACUGCCCGCUGAAGCUGUUCUCCGACGGACAGGCCAUCCUCUACGGGUCUCUGAUACUUCAGAACGAUCAGAAGGUGCCGGACAAUGCAGGGGAAGCGCAGGAGGAAGCAGUGGGGGAGUUGGCAGGGAUUGUGAUUAAGGCAGAGCACGGAGAAGUGGUCCGAGUGAGGGCGGGAAGGUGGGUGAUAAUCGGUUGCAUCUUGGAAGGAGGAAGAGGAGGAGCGGCGAUCGAGGUGGAACCAGGCGCGUACUGUGAAGUGAAACACUGCGAUGUACGAGGAGAUUUGGGGGCAAUCAAGUUCAGCAGUGGAGCGCGAGGAUGGGUGAAGUCCUGUAUGCUGUCUUGCAGAGGCAAUUCGGACUGUGUGCUGAUGGAGAGAACGGAGAAGGAGGGGAGAGGAGGGAACGGUGUGAUAGAGGGGGAAGGGGAGAGGGAGGGGAUCCGACUGGAAGAUAACAGCUGUAUACGUCUGGUAGAUCCUUCGAAGUCCUCUGAUCACAAGGCGAGCCCUGAGGGUGGCGAAAGGAGGGGAAGGGAGGGAGGGGAGAAUCCGCAGCGCGUCAUGGAGGAAGCUAGCAGGGGAGAAGAUUCCAAGGAUCCCAAGAGGCUGCGAGAUAUUCUGAUGGAACGAGAAACUUUCCAUCAUGACAAGAAGGAGGGAAAGCCACAGGUACAUCCUGAACCCAGAGAGAAGUCGCAGAUUGCUUCAAUACGACACGAGGAGGUGGCGGCGGCGGAGGAGGAGGAGGAGGAGGAGGAGGAGGAGGAGGAGGAGCAGAUGAUUGUUCAAAUUCAAAAACAGCCUGUCCAGAGUGUCAUUCUAGAUGGGUCCGGCGAAAUUCGUCCUCCGCAGAAAUUCCAUGAGGAUGAAGAGCGAGGAGACGGAGGAGGAGGACGAGGGAGAGGGGAGGACCUAAAUCAGCCCACGAGCAGCCUUCCGGUGAAAGGCUACAUUCAGGAGAUGAUGGACAAGGCGGUCGAGAAGUCCUCGAGUCCUCAAUUCUCUUGGAGGGACGAGAAACUGAGGAGGCCGAAUUAUCGCACGAAGAGCAGAGCAGCUCGUUCUGUCCAGCCUCCAGCUGAGGCUCAACCCGCUCCCAUCAGCAGCGGACUAGAAGAAGUCAAGAAGACAAGCAGGGAGAUGAUGUCGGAGGUCGAGAGAUCUGCGCAGAUGAUCCGCAUGGUGUGUCUGGACUCCAUGGCUGCUACUUCGCUCAAGGAUGCCAUGAUGGAAUUGGAUAGCGCAUACAAGAAGCGGAUUCUCAAGUUGCAAACCAAGAUCAAGGAGCUGGAGGCAGCCAAGGGGGAGGAAGGGGACGUGAACGAGAUCAAGUCUCUCAGGGAAAUGCUCGCAAGUCAAGAGCCGUUCCAGUCGGAGCUGAAUGACGUCCGUCACAAGUCCCAGGCCAAGAUCAGCGAGCUAACGGGAAAGCACAAGGACCUACAGGCCCGGCUCUCCUCCAGCUCGACAGAGAUAUCUCGCCUCCAGGACGUCAUCACACAGAAAGACAACAUCAUUUCUCAGCUGCAGCAGGCAUACAGCGGGUCAGUCGCCGCAUCCUUCAGAGGCCUCGAACUCCCGUCCAUCCCUCACUGCGCGAGCCCGAGCAAGCCUUUCGAGCCCGUCAGCUCGUCUCCAGCAGCUAAUCGAAGAGGCGCAGAGGAGGAGGCAUGA